AUGACUGCUAUCCUCCUGAUCUCCAUGGUUUUUGGCCUUGCAUGUGGGCAAGCAAUGUCUUUUUGUGUUCCAACUGAGUAUAUGAUGCACGUCGAAAGGAGAGAGUGUGCUUACUGCCUAACCAUCAACACCACCAUCUGUGCUGGAUAUUGUAUGACACGGGAUAUAAAUGGAAAGCUGUUUCUUCCCAAAUAUGCUCUAUCCCAGGAUAUUUGUACAUACAGAGACUUCAUCUAUAGGACUGUGGAAAUACCAGGAUGCCCCUACCAUGUUGCUCCUUAUUUCUCUUACCCUAUUGCUAUAAGCUGUAAGUGUGGCAAGUGUAAUACUGACUAUACUGACUGUAUACAUGAGACCAUCAAGACAAACUACUGUUCCAAACCUCAGAAGUCCUAUAUGGGGGGAUUUUCUGUCUAA